AAGUACCCGGGCCGGACACGCCUCUCCGGUUCUCUAGGUCCGGGAGGUAUUCUGACGAAUCUGCUGCUAAGUGAAUCGGGACAAACGGAGGCCAGCAGUUUGGUGUGUGCAGCAGUUUGUGUUGGGUGGAGAGCAUCCUCCUAGUGUUGCUGCACCAUUCCCUGGAUCUUCCAGUUCCUCCUCUAUAACGUUCAAUCUCACACUAGCAGACCUUAGCAGCCUUGACCCCAAGCCAUGAGGGUAACGAUCAGUAAUUACUGAUGAGUGAUCGACUGGAGGAAUCAGAAAGUUGUAGAGAUGACGAUGAGUACUGCACAGCUUUAUGGUUGUAACUAACACCAGUGCACUGCACCCUUAAGAUGGUUUAAAUGAUUAGCGUUCUAUGUUACAGCUGAUUUCAGUUGUUGCAUUUGUAACUGCUACCAAAAUGCCCGUAGUCCACCAACAUGAAGAAGAAAAGUUCUUCAUAAAUGCCAAAGGCCAAAAGGAAACUCUGCCCAGUAUCUGGGACCCACCGACCAAACAACUUUCUGUUGUUGUGCCUUCAUACAAUGAAGAAAAACGCUUGCCUGUGAUGAUGGAUGAAGCCCUGGGCUACCUGGAGAAGAGACAGAAACGUGAUCCUUCAUUCACAUACGAGGUGCUCGUCGUUGAUGAUGGCAGUAAAGACCAGACUUCGAAGGUAGCUUUCAAAUACUGCCAGAAAUAUGGAAGUGACAAAGUCCGAGUGCUAACCCUGGUGAAGAAUCGCGGGAAAGGUGGUGCUGUUAGGAUGGGUGUGUUUAGUUCUCGAGGAGAAAAGAUCCUUAUGGCAGAUGCUGAUGGGGCCACAAAGUUUCCCGAUGUUGAGAAGUUGGAAAAAGGAUUAAAUGAUCUCCAGCCAUGGCCUGAUCGCAUGGCCAUUGCCUGUGGAUCUCGAGCUCAUCUGGAGAAAGAGUCAGUUGCUCAGCGUUCUUAUUUCCGUACCCUUCUCAUGUACGGGUUCCACUUUCUGGUGUGGUUCCUUUGUGUCAAAGGAAUCAGGGACACACAGUGUGGGUUCAAAUUACUAACUCGAGAAGCAGCUUCCCGGACAUUCUCAUCUCUACACAUUGAACGAUGGGCUUUUGAUGUAGAACUGCUCUACAUAGCACAGUUCUUUAAAAUUCCAAUAGCAGAAGUUGCUGUCAACUGGACUGAAAUUGAAGGUUCUAAAUUAGUUCCAUUUUGGAGCUGGCUACAAAUGGGCAGGGACCUCCUUUUUAUACGACUUCGAUAUUUGACUGGAGCCUGGAGGCUGGAGCACACUGCAAAAACAAAUUAGACCACACGCAGACUUUGGUUGUAUGUUUAUCCAUCAAUGUCACAUUAUUUCAUUUGAAAUUAAUGUUUUCAAUAAAGCAGGAAUAAAUGUA